UUCCGGUUCCGGUGGGGCCGUCGCUAGCUGUAGAGAUGGCGGCGGCGGCUGAGCUUGCGGCCUCGGGCUCUGGAGGGCCCCGGGAAGAGGCUGAAGUCACCGGCCCUGCCUGGGAUGAGUCCCAACUGCGCAGUUAUAGCUUCCCGACACGGCCCAUCCCGCGUCUGAGUCAGAGCGACCCCCGGGCCGAGGAGCUUAUUGAGAAUGAGGAGCCUGUGGUGCUUACCGACACAAAUCUUGUGUAUCCUGCCCUGAAGUGGGACCUUGAAUACCUGCAAGAGAAUAUUGGCAAUGGAGACUUCUCUGUGUACAGUGCCAGCACCCACAAGUUUUUAUACUAUGAUGAGAAGAAGAUGACUAAUUUCCAAAACUUUAAACCAAGGUCCAACAGGGAGGAAAUGAAGUUUCAUGAGUUUGUUGAAAAACUGCAGGAUAUACAGCAGCAAGGAGGAGAAGAGAGGUUAUAUCUGCAGCAGACACUCAAUGAUACCGUGGGCAGGAAGAUUGUCAUGGACUUCUUGGGUUUUAACUGGAACUGGAUUAAUAAGCAGCAGGGAAAGCGCGGCUGGGGGCAACUGACCUCCAAUCUGCUACUCAUUGGCAUGGAAGGAAAUGUGACACCUGCUCACUAUGAUGAGCAACAGAACUUCUUUGCUCAGAUCAAAGGCCAUAAGCGAUGCAUCUUAUUCCCUCCGGAUCAAUUUGAGUGCCUCUACCCAUACCCUGUCCAUCACCCUUGUGACAGACAGAGCCAGGUGGACUUUGACAAUCCUGACUACGAGAGGUUUCCUAAUUUCCGGAAUGUGAUUGGCUAUGAAACAGUGGUUGGCCCUGGUGAUGUUCUAUACAUCCCUAUGUACUGGUGGCAUCACAUAGAAUCAUUAUUAAAUGGAGGAAUUACCAUCACUGUGAACUUCUGGUAUAAGGGGGCCCCCACCCCUAAGAGAAUUGAAUAUCCUCUUAAAGCUCAUCAGAAAGUGGCCAUAAUGAGAAACAUUGAGAAGAUGCUUGGAGAGGCCCUGGGGAACCCACAAGAGGUGGGACCCUUGUUGAACACAAUGAUCAAGGGUCGAUACAACUAGCCUGCUGGGGGUUGAGGCCUCCUGCCGGGUGACUGCUAUCCCGUCCACACUGCUUCAUUGAUGAGGACGGGAGAUUCCAAGCGCUAGAAUUGCACGCUGCACUUAAUGGACUGGACUCUUGCCAUGGCCCUGGAGGCAGGUGUUAGGGGCAAGGCGGGGUGUUUUGGCACUCCACUCCUAUUUGGAGGACUUUUUACCCAUGCCUGCUUUGCCUCAGCACCUACCCUCUCUGCCCCCACUAAAGUCCUGCAUUCAGUGUGUGGAGUCCCAACUUCUGGUUGUCAUCAUAUCUGUGUGUCAGUCUGUCAGCCUUGGGAUGUGUGUACAUGUGUGUGCAUGCACACGCAUGUAUGUAUUUGUUCGUUGCUUCCUCAUGGACCAGGAUAUAACUUCUGGCUCUCAGCCCCAUCUCCUAUAAGCUCAGUGCCUCAGCCUGAGAGAGAGG